CUAUGGUGGUAGCACUGGGAGAAAUUAUCAAAUGUUGUAUCUGAAAUGUGAGAGAAUGUUAAUUUACCAUUAAAUAAAUAAAUAUUUGUGUUGUAAUAAUACAAUAUGAUAUGUAAUAUCAGAUAAUUGACUUCAUGUACACCAAUAAAGAAGCAACAGAACAUCAAUGUGACCAAGCUCAGGAAGCAAUCGGACAUAAAAUCAGCUGACUAGCAAUGCUAAAUGAGUGUAACGAAAUCACAGGAAAUUGUCAACAUACGAUGACAGACCACGAAGAGUCAUUUUUGAAGGAUUUCUUUACCCAUGUUGCAAGUUUGAGUUUCGAUAAAGCGAAAGAACUCGUGGAACAUGAACGUGAGUCAAGACUCGGUCAGUCUGGUCCCUGGGGGAUGCUAGUCACUCAUCUGCCUCAAAUAGCUAUUGCUGAGAGAUCAUAUGGAGAACUUGGAUUUUUACUUACCAAGAACAAAGGAUUCCUCAGAAAGGAUAAUUCUUUGAAGACAAUGUAUGAGUCUGCUCGAUCAGACUUCAGGCGAGUGGAGGAGGCCACAAGACUUAGUAAUUCAGAUCGGCUGCCCCCUGGAUUUUCCAAUGAGCUACAGACAAUCACCUCAGUUGCUAAUGAAUUGUGUUUGUUUCUCACAGCACGUAUUGAAUUAAUUGAUCUCUAUGAAAAGAUGCAUCUUAUGGGCAUGGGAAAACAGAUGAAAUAUGAAGAACUGCUUGUGCAAGUUAAAGAUAUUAUGGAAAGAAAUGCACCAUCCGUUCCUCAGAUGUGUGUUACUCCUAUAGGGAAUAUGCUCAGCCUGGAAUGUGAAGUACUCAUCCAUUUGCUGAGAGCACAACUUGAAAUGCAGCUGUGGAAUUUCCUUCCAUCUCUUAUGUUACUUCAUCUCGCUUUCACCCGACUUACUGCCUGGGAAUCCAGACUUCAGAACAGAGAGUCCUGGAAACUGGGUUUUGGGGCUACUUUCCUGAAAACAAGUCAAUUACCAGCACUUUUGCAGUGGUUACUGAAGUUGAAGACAGCUUUUCUGGCAAAAUUCUCACUCUACUUCCAUUCAACAUUGGCACAACAAACGUCUCCUCAAGAGAUGAAAGCUCUCUGCAGCAAGCUACAGACUAAUGAUUACUGCCACAAGAUUCAGAAUUUUCAACGACGUUAUGAUGCUACAGCUGUGAUGUUAGUAUUUGAUGCAAGUGGAUUGGAAGAUUUCAAAGGACCAGGUUACCAUCAUCCAAAUAAACCUGUUGAAUCCCCACAAGAUCUGGAGAAUUACCCAAUUGUUUUCAGCUAUCCUACAAAACCACUAAAUCAUAUGCCAAAUGUUGUCAAGGUCAUUACAGAAAGAGCAAGUGAACUGGCUGCUAUGGACAAAGUUGUAAACUACUUCAGCCCUAAGGAUCAAAGGACAUAUAUUAUGGCAUCCACAGACCCUCGUAUGACUCUGGUGGUAGUGUUUGACAGCAAGAAAGCUGAGAAAGAAAGUCAUAUCACAAACUUUGUGUCUGAUCUUGCACUACAGCUCCGCUGCAAUAAAGUGUUUGCAAACCUCAAACCUAAUGCAAAUGUUUAAUGGUGGAGCAGGCCAAGUGGUGAGGAAGGAAUCAGUGCCAGCAUCCCUUGGAAAUGGGGAAAUGGAGUCGAACUCCAGACUUUGGAAAACAGACAUGCCUGACAACUAAUCUAUGAAUUUGAAUUCUGAAAGUUUGAUGUGGGUGAUUUAGACAUCUCUUCAAUUUUAAAUACCGAAUAGUGGCAUUAGUUAUAAUUAACAUUCACAAUUAAAACUGUUUACAAUAUAAUUAUUACAUCAUACAUAUAUUUCAGCAUGUUAAUAGAAGCCUGUUACAUAUACUGUACACUGUGAGGCAGGCAGGGAACUGUACCUGGAAAACCUACCAGUGUCCUUAAUAUUAUAAGUAGCAUCCUUUACCAAAAUAUUUAUUCUUGUUAGUUAGCCAUCUCACAUGCAAUUUGCUUUUUUAAAACCUUUAAAAGUUGUAAAUGUUAAAAUCUCUUCUACAUCACUGGUAUAUGCACACUACAUGUUUCGACCAACACUGGUCAUCUUCAGGUGUCUCUAAAGUUGUUGAUGAAACUGCUGUGUUUAUGCUGUAAGCUCAAUUUUUGGAAUGUGCCCUCGUGUAUGUGCCCAUUUGUCUUAUGGUGAUUGUUAGUUCCUCUUGUCAUCGUCUUCAUGAUGUAACAUGUGAUGUGCAGACCUCAGAAUAAAUGAUGGAUGAGAAAUUUACAUCUGAUGUGUCUGAGGAGGAGGAAGAAGAUAAUGGUGGAGAAAGAGAACCUGAAGCAACAUUUUUAUCAACACUGAGUAAAUAGUUUAUGAAAUUAUAUGUCAGUGAUAACAUGAUGGCUGUCAUCAGUAGUACUAAGGUAUACAGGGUUCAGCAGAAAGUGAAAAAGCAGAAACUUAUUUUAAUGGACAUGUAACAUAAGUGAAGUAGAUUAUGUUUUUAAUGUAAUACAUUAAUUUGCCAUAUUUAAUUUCCUUGAUUUUGCAUUCCUUUUAAAAGGUCUCUGCACAAACAUAAAAUCCAGGUACAGUGGAACCUCGCUUAACGAGCAUAAUUCGUUCCAGAAUCUUACUCGUAAUGCAAAAC